AUGCCUCUUAGGGCGCAUUACGGGAGUCCGGCUACGGCAAACGAAGGCCUCCUACUUCUCCUUCCACGGGACUUUACGCACGUGGUGCCUCGUAAGGCGCAGUGCGGGAGUCCGGCUACGGCAAACGGAAGGCCGUCGACGAAUCGACGCCACUUACCGCACGGCAGCAGGAGUACCGGCUGUCGCCGUCGCUUGCUGUGCUGUCGUCGUCGUCGUCGUCGUCGUCGUCGCCCGACACUUCCUGUCCGCCGCGCCACCGGGCCGUCCGUCCGUCCGUCCGUCCGUCCGGCCGCUCUCUCUUUCAUAAUUUCGCCGAAUUUCGCCGAUCGCUGCCGAGGCGGGCGACGCGCGUCCGGCUACGGCAAACGAAGGCCUCCUUCAGAAGGAACUACGCACUUACCUUCUAAGGCGCAUUACGGGAGUCCGGCUACGGUAAACGAAGGCCACCGACGCACUUUCGGCACUAGUUCGGGCUAG